CGCUGAUUGAACGCUCUGUUUAUUUACUCCUGCUGCCAGCUGGAAGUUUGUUUCAUCAAGCGGGAAAGAAACCACGCCGUCUGCUUUUUCCACUGCUCUUUCCAAUGGCCAGUUAUUAAACUCUACUUAGCGGUUUUAUCUUGGUUGUUUACAUGCAACAAAGAAUACAUCUAAGGUGCAAUAGAUAUAUCGUGUUAAAGAGGAGAGCUGUUUAGUCGUCAAAUAUGUACCAGUCUCUGGUAGUAGGAGAUGCUGUGAUUUGGCGCCUCAUAUCCAUGCACUGUUGAUAACCAAAUGCAUAGUGCAUACAAGUUCUCUUUUGGCUUGUGUUUUGCCUUUGCUUUCCCGCCUUUCGUUCGACUUUAUCUGCCAAUAAAAAGAAAGCAGAAAUGACGUCGGGUUCCUCCGCAGUUGCAUACCACACCCUCUCCCCCAGUCAUCAAGUGCUUUUGGAAGACGAUGCGACCCUCAAAAGGAUACUAUUACGUCUCCGGGAGAACACAUCAAUCAACAUCUUCCUCCCAUGCCUGCUUGUGUGCAAGAAAUGGUAUUCAUUGGCAAUACCCGUGUUGCAAGCUGCUGUGGUUCUACGGAAUCAUAACCUUUGCCGGUUCGUGAAAAGCGCAAGACUACCACUCAGCUCGAAGGCUUUCACUAUCCAGUCACUGAGCUUGCUGUUGGAUGUCGCCGCAGUAGACCCUAGCUCUACUGCAGCUAGGGCCUGGCCCCUGGGUCAUUUACUGAGAGAUCUAGCUACAAUCAUGGCCGGGGUUAUGCGAGCCCUUCGAAUAUUCUCCCUACGGAUCGACCAUCAGCCAGCCUGUGCUGUAGAUUCUGGAUUAGGUGAUGAUAUUGAUAGGAUCACGGCUGAACCGAGCUUUCCCGCUUCUGCUGUGAUAGCUCUCCUGGAAUCCCUCCCGGACACAUGCAGUGAUGUUGAAAUUGACACUUCGGGCUGCGAAGUUUACACCGACGGCGAACAUCUAUGCCCACAUAUAGCAAAGCUGCUCCCAAACCUCACCCACCUCCGCCUGAGGAUUAGGCAACUAUGCCCGAGCCUCAUAAGCAUACCUGCCCAAAGUUCCUGUUCCAGAUGUCGAGGGGAACUGCAGGCUCCCCUGUGUCCAAAGCUCCGCUCAUUGGUUAUCAACACGGAACUUUCCAGUGCAAUCCUCGGAUGGGUAACACGUUGCUCACCAUCAUCUGAAACACUCCCAGCUGAAGAAAAAGGUAACCACGCCGAAGAAGACCUUCAGACAGAGCUUUCUCACCAUCUACUUCUUGGCCUCACGAGCAAAAACUGCUUCCCAGCCGCUAAACGAAUAGAAAUCCAUGGACCAAUGGAACUGGAUAUCAUCCCAUGGCACCACAUUCGUCAGACAGAUAUUAAGGACCGUAAGACGUAUAUAUCCUCAUUCGUCACUCUCCCCAGUUAUUCACGAGGAGCAUGGAAACGCGGAACCCAUCGCUGUAUUCGCCCCAUGUCGACCGGGGACGGAACUGAUGCUGUGAUUAUCUCCUCGUGGCAACCCCACCCGCGUGAACUCACGGGACAAAAUGCUUGGAUAUCUAAUUCUGAAGGGGUAAGCCUCCCCAAGGCUAGAUAUCCACAUGUCCUCAACGUCUUUGGCACGGAUGAUUAUCACUUAUUUCCCAACAAGGAUGAGGUGGGGGGUGUGGAGGAGGAGGGUCAAGUGUCUAAAAGUCAUCAUUACCACAACUCCCUUUCGGGGUAUGUCAAGGAAAUGAGAAAGCGCUGGAAAGAAAAUUGGGCGGGAAGCGCGGCCCAGGCACGGAUACAGACACAGACGCAGAUACAAACGCAGUCGCACCCUAUUUACGAGGAGCUUUGCAGAGUGACAGAUGCGAGUUAUGAGUCGAGUCUACAGACGCAGACAUAUCAUACUUUACGCCCGAUUCCUCAUGAGCUAUUCCCGUUUCCGGAGCCGGUGCCGAUGGAAUGGUAUAGGAAGCAAACGCCUUUGGGACAUGCAGAUUUUCGGAGGGUGGGGGAUGGAUCUUGUUGUUAUUAGGGAGGGGGGAAGGGGGGGGUUGGGUUGUGGGUUUUUGUGGGCUUUUGUGGGUUAUGGCGGUGGUGGUGGUGUUUUGGUGGACUAGGUAGAUAGGUAAUGCGGCUAUUAAAGGGUAGGAAAUUAAGGACUAUAGAUGUAUAUAUGCUAUUCUUUUUUGUUGGAUAUGGACGGAUGGAUGGGCAGGUUUGCAAUAAUGAAGGGAGAGGAGUCUAUUCUCAGGUCUUCUUCUGAGGCUCUGUGUUAUAUUUUGGAUGGUUAUCUUGACUAUAAUAUAAAGGAGAGACCAAAUAAAAAAAAAAAACGGAAGAUUUGGUUUUACUUGUCAGUGUCAUCGGUAAGUAAUCACUGUUACUUUCUACUUAAACGCGCUCAUCACUGGCAGAGGAAGUGGUAUGAGAUGGUGAGGCGGUCUAUAUACAGACAUAUGCAUGUAUGUAUCAGAU